CUUCCUCUCAGACAGAGGGGUGUCCGUCUCCUCUGGCUGCUGCUGUCUGCCUGGAGCUCCGCACUGUCACUGUAUCCCCCUGCGAUGGAAGUGUUUCAUGGGUUUGGAAGGUGCUGCCUGAGGAUCUUUGGUGAAUUUCUGCAGUGCAUCUUGUAAACGGACCCUGUGAGCAAAGUGUCACCAUGACUGAUGUGAUGGUCAACAGCUGUAAAGCCUCUGCUGAAGAAAUGGGGCUCAAACAUGAUGACAACAGGCUACCCUUCCAGAUCUUCCCUGAUCCCUGUGAUUCUUACGAAGGUCAGUGCAAACUCAAGGACCGCCUGCCAUCCAUUGUGGUGGAGCCGACUGAUGUGAGUGAGGUAGAGAGCGGUGAGCUGCGCUGGCCCCCAGAGGAGUUUCUCCUGGCAGAGCAGGAGGGAGAUGGUCUGGUCCCUCAGACUGGGGAGCUGGCCCAGAUUGAUACAGAGCCAGUGUCACAGGAGAUGAAGACCCAGAAGAAUGUGGAGCCAGGACAGAGUCUCAGCUCUGACACCCAAUUGUCCAGCUCUACACUCAUCCAAUCUGGUCAGACGUUUGCAAAAUGAACUCAAUUGGUGGUCUACUUGGUCGAGCUUUGAGGAGUUUUUAUACAGCACAAGCCUGUUCAUCUGUAACGGGCACCCACCCCCCCAGCCCACCCCAGCCUGUUCAUCUGUAACGGGCACCCACCCCCAGCCUGUUCAUCUGUAACGGGCACCCAAACCCCCCCAGCCCACCCCCAGCCUGCCUGUAAUUGACAGGCCACCCUCCCCCAUCUUCUCCCGCGGAGCAGGCCUCUGAUGAGGGUUUUCCAGUUGAAGAUAGCUCCUCCAGUUGCUGAGAGCAAUCCUCGCAGCCUGAUGUCCUUCACAAAGGAUGAGAUGAAGCUUCAAUUUUGUAUGUUGUUUUUAAGUUUGAUUUUGAUUCUCUGUAAAACUUGAUCCUUGAUUAUCAUCUUCCAGUGUGUCAGGAUUAGUUACAACAUUUUAACCGGAAGAAUCUUACUUUUGUUUUUAUUAGUUAUUUUUUUGCUGUGCAGCCUGUGCACUGUGAUCGACACUGAGUUAGAGCACUGUGGUUAAACAGUUUCCACCACAACUGCGUUCAGACUCAGCCUAGAAAACAAGCCUAGCGAUUGGGGAGCUGCUAGCUCCACACACCACAUACCACCCCCAAUUUCCCACAGAGUCCUCCUUAUAGCUACCAACUCUCAGAUGCGACAGUUACCAGGGCAGAUUUCAGCAGUCACUCCUCCUCAUUGUAACAUCAAUGGGUUUCCAGGGAGAAAGAAGAUAUCUCCACAUGCCCUCAUUCCCUUGCCCUCUGCUCCCAGUUUCUACCCUUCUUCUGUGCUCACCAGCAGACACAGCCAGACCUGCUGAGCACCACCAGCAUUUCUGAUUUUUAUUUCAGAUUUCCAACAUCUGUAGAAUUUUACAUCAGCAUCAUGUCUCCCAAACCUCAGAAGUAUUCACCCGUUGGCAUUCCAUUUGUCUCUGUUAUGUGAGGAAGGAUCCUGAAAAGGGGUCAUUAUGUCGAAAAGAGAAUGAAAAUAUUUUGAUAUCUCUGCUGCUCCAGCUGCACCCAGCGUUUGUAUAUAGUUUCACCAGUGAUUUCAUUAUCCUCACCCUUGCUUUCUCGUCUUCCACCCUCCCAUCCCCUCGUCAACAUUGUCAUGUCACAGUUUUGCUGUAAAGUUAAUGAUUUAAUAAAGUUUUUUGUUGGUUUUUACUCAGAA